GCCGGGGGGAGCUGUUUGUGCCGCUGCCGCCAUCGCCAUGGAGGGGUCGCUGCCGCUGCUGGUCCGGAGCCCCACACAGCGGCACCCCGACCUGCGCCUCCGCGCCGGGCCCGCCUGGACCGUGCGCCGCCUCAAGGCCGAGCUGCGUCGCCUGGUCCCCGAGGCACCGCCUGAAGAAGACCAAAAACUGAUUUAUGCUGGGAAGUUGCUGCUUGACCAUCAGCACCUGGGGGAGCUGCUGCUGAAGCACGGGGAGCUGCAUGCUCUGCACCUGGUCUACAACUUGAAGACUCCUGCAAAUGCACCAGGAACCAGUGCAGAGGUCAAAGCUGAGCAGCCAAAGGCAUCAGCAGGAGCUGCUCCAGGGCCAUCUGUGUCCUCUUCAGCUGGUGGGAGCCUGAGGUGCCCUUCUGGUGGCCAGGCUGCAGCAGAAGGCAGCAGCAGGUUGGAAGCAGCUCAGCAUCCCUGCCCAGCUCUGCCUCCUGCCUUCUCUGCCUACACCACCUACAGCCUGCUCCAGAUGUCCUGGCUCCAGCAGCUCUAUGCCAGGCAAUAUUACCUGCAAUACUUGGCCUCCGCCACAUCUGCUGACCCAUCUCGUGCCCAGCGUCCUCGGGAGGUACCAGUGCCCCCAGUGGCCCCUCCAGCCCCUCUGGCAGACCCCCUUCCUGCCCCAAACCAGGAUGCUGCUGCCCGGCUCGAUGCGGCGCCCAACCAGAACCUGCGGGUGAAUGCCCAGGGGGGUGCCCUGAUGGAGGAGGAGGAGGAAGGUGCCCAUCGAGACUGGCUGGACUGGCUCUACUCAGCAACACUCUUCUAUGUCUUUGUCAACGUUGUCUACUUCUACUCCAGUGUCAGCAGGUUCCUGCUGGUGAUGGGUGGCACAGUUCUGAUGUACCUGCACCACGUUGGGUGGCUCCCGUUCCGGAGGAGGCCAAUCCAGCCCUUCCCAGGCAAUGCUGCUGCUGCUCCUCCAGCUGCUGGCAACCAGGACCAGAACAACAACCUGCAGGGAGGGAAUGCAGCUGGGGCAGAGCCCCCCGAGGAGGGCCAGGCUGUGCAGGAGCUGCAGCAGCCCAGGCCCUCACUGCUGGGCACAGCAUGGGUCUUCUUCAAGACUUUCUUUGCAUCCCUGCUGCCAGAAGGGCCUGGAGUGACUCGCAACUGACCUCUGGUGCCACGGUUGGCUUCAGCCCGAGGGGCUCUGGAUUCCAGCUCCAGUGGACACUUCCUCUGGCCUUGACAAGCAAAGCAAGCUGCAAGAUGCCUUGAGCUGGGACAGCCCUGGAGCCUGAGCUGCUUGCCCUCAUCCCAAGGAACUUGGUGGGGGAGGGAGGGGCAGCAGCUGUGGGUACCCUCCCGCAGAGGCUUGGGCAUUGCAGGCCCCGAGGUGUGGCAAGGAGUUAGGGAAGCAAAUUGCUUCUGCUGUGCAAUGUGAUUCCUGUUGGAAUGCUUCAAGUGCUAUUUAAACUCACACUGAGUGCAGGACCUCCAGAAGAAGCCAAACCUUUGCUGGCUGUGCAGCAGCAGAGCUUUGGGUUGCUUUGGUGGGUUUGGUGGUUUAUUUUUAAGCCAGAGCUGUUCUUCCAGACUUUGAGCUCUCCCCUGAAGGCUGAGUGGUGCAGUUCCCUUCUUGGAUCUCUUCUUGAGCAGUGGGCAACUUCAGCUUGCCAAAUUCAGAUCACUUAAAGCCAAGGCUUUAGUCCCCCUCCCCUUGCCCUGGGCAAAUCCUGCUCUCCCAGAGGGUGUUCAGCUCUCUCCAGCAAGAAUUGAUGGAGGAUGUCAGGUCCCCUCCACUGCUUUUUGGCUGCCCAGAGCAGUCUGCUGCCUGGGCUUGACUUUGCUCUCCAGAGCAGCUCUUCUGCCUGACCCUUUUGGUUUCUGAUCUGGUUAAAGGGCUUUGAUUCCAAUAAAUUGCAGUUCUGAGGCUCA